UACUACAGAUAAGCUGGCGACGAUGGAAAAUUCGAUGGGGGUGUGUCUGCAACGGUGUGACAAUGCGUUCGGAUAAGACAAGGCUGGUCGCCGUGCGUCUGGUCUUUCGGCUGCUGCUUUUUACCAUGAGCCUGGCGACAACGGCAAGUUUUGCUGGACUGGCUCCACCGCUGGUGUUUCUGGAGAAACCAGGCAAGCCAGACAUUCCUUGGGGGCAGUGGCGACUCCGUUUUGAACUGUUCCUAUGUGCUUCGGGAGCUCAGGAUCUUCCAGCGGAGCAACGUAAAGCCAUACUGCUGCACUCGGUUGGGACCGAAGGGCAGCGUAUCUACUUUUCGUUGCCAGAAGUUGUUCCAGCGCUACAAUUGUCAGGAAGUGCGGCGUCGGAGCCAUCGGAAGAUGAGACAGCAAAGAAACCGACAAGUGCAAAAAUUCUUGUUCCAGUUGCAACUGUCGUGAGGUACGAGGGACUCAACCUUGCACUAAGGAGACAGCUACAGUGGGCUGCGGCAACAAACAGAAAUGACGAGAAUGCUUUGGAUGCAUCCCGUCGUGCAAGAUGUAUGAAGAGUACUUUUGUUACAGGCUCCCCUAUAAAUGAACUUUCUCACGUUGACUAAAGUGUUUCACUAAACGAUCACGAAAGUAAGGUCAAAGCUCUGCAACGUGAGUGUCGUGUUACGGCGCCUAUUUCGACAUGAAAUCCCUUUGCUUUCUUUUAUUGGAGUUUAGUUGCGGAUAUCACUUGUAAGCAGGUGUCAACAGCAUGAAGACUGAAAAGCGAAGAAUGUUGUACCUAACCAGGACACCCGCACAGAGUACGAGCAAUGGGUUGCGGCCACCGUCGCCGUCGCCUCUGAUAUAGGAAGAACACGGGAUUAUGCAAGUGUAGCAGUGAACCAAAAGUGUGGUACAGCUCACAAUCAGGCACAGUCAGGCAGUAUGGCAUCAGAAAACACCCUUCUGAAGGAGCUGCAACAAAACUCGUCCCUGGAAGGCAAGCUGUCUGGUUGUAAUGGCAUUGGCAGAAUGGGAGAGUAGUUUCUUUUCCUUGCGGGUGGAGGGAAAAGAAAUUUGCCUCCGUUGCCGUCUCCUCCAAUUUACUCUCCUCAGAUGUGGCAAACACAAUUUUUCUUCUGCUCCUGACCACCGUUGUUGCAGUCCUGCCAUCUCCUUGAAGGAACGUUUCCCUUCCAGCUGCUCAUGUUCCUGAUGAAGAUGCGGCUUACUACUGUGCCAACAGACCAACACAUUUGCAGAUCCCUGCCCUCGAUUAUAUAAUGCCUUCCAGUGUGUGUUGGUCAAGGUUUCACAACAGCUCUAAUAUGUGUACUAGAGUGAGGUCAGCGGUGACAUCAGGCAUCAUGUGUGAAAAAUAAAAGGUUCUAACUUU